CCCGCCGGAGUCAGUCAGUGGGAGGAAGAUGGCGGCGCUCAUUCCACACAGCCAGCAGCUUUCGACUGGGAAUCCAUUGUAUGAGACUUAUUACAAACAGGUAGAUCCAACAUACACAGGGAGAGUUGGGGCUAGUGAAGCUGCACUGUUCCUUAAAAAAUCAGGUCUUCCAGACAUUAUCCUUGGAAAAAUAUGGGAUUUGGCUGACCCAGAGGGUAAAGGGUACUUGGAUAAACAGGGUUUCUAUGUUGCAUUGCGACUUGUGGCAUGUGCACAGAAUGGCCAUGAUGUUAACUUGAGCAAUCUAAACUUGACUAUACCACCUCCUAAAUUUCAUGACACUAGCAGUCCCUUAUUGAUCACACCUCCUUCAACAGAGGCUUACUGGGCUGUUAGGGUGGAAGAAAAAGCAAAGUUUGAUGGUAUUUUUGAAAGCCUUUUGCCAGUAAACGGUUUACUUUCAGGAGACAAAGUAAAACCAGUACUGAUGAACUCAAAGCUGCCUCUUGAUAUCCUAGGAAGGGUCUGGGAUCUCAGUGAUAUUGACAAGGAUGGACACCUGGACAAGGAUGAAUUUGCUGUGGCAAUGCAUUUGGUAUAUAGAGCUCUUGAGAAGGAGCCAGUUCCCUCAGUAUUACCCCCCACACUUAUACCACCUUCCAAAAGAAAGAAGACGCCAGUUUUUCCUGGUGCAGUUCCUGUUCUUCCUGCAAGUCCUCCACCUAAAGAUAGCCUUCGUUCUACCCCAUCCCAUGGUAGUGUAAACAGCCUGAAUAGCACAGGAAGUUUGUCACCCAAACACAGCAUCAAGCAAACACAGCCAUCUGUGAAUUGGGUGGUACCAAUGUCUGAUAAGGUGCGAUACGAUGAAAUUUUCUUAAAAACUGAUAUGGACAUGGAUGGCUAUGUGAGUGGCCAAGAAGUGAAGGAUAUUUUUAUGCACUCAGGCCUGUCUCAAAAUCUUCUAGCACAUAUAUGGGCAUUGGCAGACACAAGACAGAUGGGAAAGCUAAGCAAAGAUCAGUUUGCACUAGCCAUGUAUUUCAUUCAACAGAAGGUCAGUAAAGGGAUUGAUCCUCCACAGGUGUUGUCCCCAGAUAUGAUCCCUCCUGCAGAGAGGAAUGCUCCCAUACAAACUCUGUCAGGUUACUUGACCCCUGUAGGAACUGAGAUCUCUGCGCUAACAGAAAUGCGUCGUGAUAGUUCAAGUUCUGUUGGAUCAGGAGAAUUCACAGGGAUGAAAGAAAUUGAUGAUAUUAGUCAAGAGAUUGCACAUCUGCAGAGAGAGAAGUAUUCACUAGAGCAGGACUUUAGAGAAAAGGAGGAAUCAAUUAGACAGAAAACCAAUGAAGUUCAGGAACUGCAAAAUGAUUUAGACAGAGAAAUAAGUAACUUGCAAGAGCUGGAAGCUCAGAAACAAGAUGCUCAAGACCGUCUAGAUGAAAUGGACCAGCAGAAAGCCAAACUGAAAGAUAUGCUAAAUGAUGUGAGGCAGAAAUGCCAGGAAGAAACACAGAUGAUUUCAUCAUUGAAAAUGGAGAUUCAGUCUCAGGAAUCAGAUUUAAAAUCACAGGAAGAUGAUCUGAGUAGAGCUAAAGCAGAGCUGAAUCGUCUCCAGCAAGAAGAGACUCAGCUAGAGCAAAGUAUCCAAGCAGGAAAAGUGCAACUUGAAACAAUAAUUAAAUCUUUAAAAUCAACACAAGAAGAAAUCAAUCAGGCAAGAAAUAAACUUUCUCAACUUCAAGAGAGUCACCAGGAAAUCAGUAAAAGUAUUGAACAAAAUAAUGACGCUCUGAAUGGGAUUUAUGGCAGUAGUAUGACGAAUUUAGCGGACAUAAGUGAAGGAAUUGCACAGAAAGAAAGAGGCAAUUUUGGAGCUAUGGAUGAUCCCUUCAAGAAUAAAGCUUUAUUGUUUAGUAAUAAUACACAAGAAUUGCAUACAGACCCAUUCCAGGCCGAAGAUCCAUUCAGAUCUGAUCCUUUUAAAGGAGCAGACCCUUUCAAAGGCAAUGAUCCAUUCCAGAAUGAUCCCUUUUCAGAACAAACACCUGUUUCAACAGACCCAUUUGGAGGGGAUCCAUUUAAAGAAAGUGACCCAUUUCAUAGUUCUGUCUCUGAGGAUUUUUUUAAGAAACAGGUAAAGAAUGAUCCAUUUACCUCAGAUCCAUUCACAAAAAAACCCACGCUGUCCUCAAAGCCUGACCCCUUUGAAAGUAGCGAUCCUUUCACAUCUUCAAGUCUCUCUUCAAAAGGCCCAGAUCCUUUUGGAACGUUAGACCCAUUUGGAAGUGGUGCCUUCAGUAGCAAUGAGGGUUUUGCAGAUUUUAGCCAGAUGUCAAAGCCCACAGCUUCAGACCCUUUCACCUCCUCUUUUGGAGGGAUGGGAUUCUCAGAUGACCCUUUUAAAAGUAAGCCAGACACUCCAGCUCUCCCACCGAAGAAAAAUGUUCCUCCACGACCCAAGCCACCUAGUGGUAAAAGUACUCCUGUAAACCAGCUCGGGUCUGCAGAUUUUACCAAGCCCCAUGAUCCAUUCCAGCCAUUUGGGGCUGAGAGCAGUGACCCGUUUCAAACUAAAAAGGGGUUUGGGGACCCGUUUAGUGGAAAAGAUCCAUUUGCUCCCUCCUCUUCAAGUAAAACUUCUAAAGACUCUUCCUUGGGGUUUGCAGACUUCAGCUCUUUUGGAAAUGAGGAGCAGCAGCUGGCCUGGGCAAAGCGAGAGAGCGAGAAAGCAGAGCAGGAGAGGCUGGCUCGAUUGCGAAGACAAGAACAGGAAGACCUUGAAUUGGCUAUUGCACUCAGUAAGGCUGAUAUGCCAGACUCUUGAAUACAAGUCUUGGGGCUCUACCCAAUCCCAGUCAAACCCUUUAAAAAGGGUUUUGUAACAUUCUUGUUUUAUGUUGUGAAGUAAUUGUAGUCACCUUUAAGACAAAGCAUAACAAGAUUGGCUGGUUAUAUCAAACUGGGCUUUCCAUGGCUUUUCAAGUACAUAAUGCACAGGAAACACACUGUAAAAAUUGUAUUAUACUUCCUAGAUAAAAGUUACUGCUUAUAAGAAAUUUAAUGUAUGACCCUAAGGUACUGAAAGCAAAGUUUCUUUACAAUGCAGACAGUGAUUGCAUACAAUAAGCUGCAAUUUGUGAAUUUGGCUUUUAUUACCUGAAUUCCAUUGUCAUUGUUUUGAGGCUGCAGUAUGAGUAAUAAAAUUAUAGAAAAUGGCACUUGAAAAAAAGAAGUAUGUUUAUAAAAUUAUCACUUAGUUUUCAGUUCUUUUUGUUACAUUUAUUUAAUUACUCAUAAUAGGCCAAUGACCACCUAGCUCAAAGACUUGAGGGCAAAUUCUUUCUUAGAUGCUCCCCAUUCAUCACUGAGAUAUGGCUUAUCUUGUGAAGGAAACUCUGAUUAUUUAUAUAUUAAAUGCAUAGUGACACAACUCAUGUAGAGUCAAUAAUAUUUUGAAUUCAAAGGCUAUGAGAAUUAAUAGCUUUUUCUUAUUUAAACAUGAUUAUUUGCAUGAGAGUUUUUUAAUAUUUGUACAUGGUGGUAUUGAAAGGAAUGAUCCUGAUAUAGUAAAUUAGACAAAUGAUGACUCAGUUCUAAAUCAUGGGAUAAAAUACAGAUUAAUUCCAUGAACGAGCAUUAAGACAGGAAUCAUCAUGUUUGAGGCUUUUUCUACAUAAUGUUGAACAAUUUCACACUUUUUAAAUUUUAAUUUUUAACUGUAAUCUUCCUUGCAACUGUAUUUUCCCUUCAUUUGCUCCAACAGACAGAAUAUAGGGCUAUUAUUUGUAUUAUCCAAUUGACUAUGUUACAACCUCUACCUCGGAAGUGAUAAAGUGUGUGGUCUUAUUUUUAAAUAUUAUGGUUGAUGAUUAAUCUCACUGCCCUUCAUUUAAAGUUAUACAACUGUUGUAUAGACUAGAAAGUUUAAUUUAAACUAGCCCAAGUUCACACAGAUUUUAUUUGCCGGAUAGAUUGAAUAAAUGGAUAUUCAUGCAAAAGUUACAGCAAUAUUUGUAGAACAGAUAGGCUGUUUUUUUAAGCCUAUCUACUGAUAGCACUAAUUAGGCCAGUAUGUCCAGCUUUUUUAUAGACUUCCAGAAUUCAGGGGGGAUGUUACAUGUAUUUUAUAGAAGUAAUGCAAUAUGUAUUUCAUUGUCACGGAUAUAAAAUGAGUACUUAUGGUAUUUUUUUGCUGUGAAUUAUUCAUUCAUAGAAACUGCCUUUUCUGGUAAAUUACAGGAAUUCAGCACUUCAUUUGUCCUUGCCUUGUGCUCUGGUGUUGUUUGUAAAUGGAAUGGGUAUUUAGGGCCAGAUUUUCAAAAUGUUCUUUGUGAUACCUGUAUUUGCACUCCCAUGCAAAGGUACAUGUGCAUAUUGGCUAGUUAACAUUCUGAAUGUCCAAAAUGUGGCCAUCAGCGUGUAAAACGUUCUCUGUUGGAUAGCAUUGUAUUUCUUCAUCUUCUGCAAUGUAUUUACAUUUUUGUGUGUCCCUGUUUUGUUUUUAUUUUUUCCUUCACAAUGAUGUUAGUGCCUGUUUUUCCGUCAAACGGUCCCUACCUUCUAAUUGCCUCAUUCUGAAUACUUUCCUUACACAGAGAUAAGAAUCCCAGAAAGGAUUAUUUUUUUCUGAAGACUAGUUUUCAGACCUAGAAAUGUAAUUAAACACUGGUGUCUCAGGACGAUGCUGCAUUUGCAUUGAAAAUCGACUCUAAAUUGAGAACAUCCAUUUUAAGGUCUUCAGACAGAAUAUAUUUGACAAAACUGAAGCCCAUCACCUCAGAAGACAUUCUACAGAGUUGCUGAUCCCUGAAUGUGUGCAUAACUCCAGUUUAAUGUUAUUACAAAUGCUGUGGGCUUUUAAAUUUGUAUCAGAAGGAGAGAAGAGAUCCCUAAAUAUUAACAAAACAUAUAUAUUUCUGUGUUGUCUUUUACUGAAGUAACAAGCUGCCAUGAACACGUAGGAAAUAAUCCUGCCAUACUUACAGUACUUGAUGACCUAUGUGGUUCCUUCCAACCAUAACUCUUUUUCUGAAAAGUAUAUUAUGAAGAAUUUAUGGGCUUGUAUACAUGGGAGUAUAAUGCACUCUGUGUGGGUGUGAUUUCUAAAUCACGCUAAUGUGUUAUGCAUUAGUUGGUCCACGUUGACCCCUUGUGUGAAUUAACACAGUACUGGUUCAAAAAGCACUAUGUCAAUGAGCAUUAACGUAGUGCUAUUUGAAGUAGUGCUUCACUAGCCAGAUCUACAUGGACCAAUUAGUGUGCAACAUAUUACGGAGGUGUGAUUUCUAGAGCACAUUAGAGCGCAUUACCUAGCUGUGUGGACAAGCUCUUAAGUUAUCACGUCUGAUUUUGAAAGUUUCAGAACACACUCUUUUCCUUUGGUCCACGACACUGAGUUCAUGAAAGCAAAAUAGGUCUACUUGUAACUAACAUCAAUACAAAGUUUUUACCAUUAAAUGGGGGUAAAUAUAGCAUAUAUUUACAUGGCAGGGCUAUAGAUGUCAUCCUCACUAUAUAGACAGAUCAAAUCAGAAACAGCUGUAUGAGACAGUAUGUGCCUUUUCUCAAUCCACCUUGUACUACAGUCACAUUGCUUCAGAGAGAUAGUUGCCCCUUGUUCUUUGACCUGUUGUUGCAGUUUUGUUAUUUUAUUUAGUCUUCUCUUGUAUUUUUUCUGUCUUGUGUACAUAUAUAUUUUGCAUUUGUCUUUAUCUCUCUUACACACCUAGCUCUUUGUUGGGAAAAAUUAGGCUAUUAGGAUGCAGGGUCAUACCACCUUCUCCAAGUUGGCAGUACCAUUCCAUAACCUAUCCUUAGGAGGUGCACUCUGCUCCCCUGCAGCCUAGGGAGUAAAAACAUUACUUCUAGAAUACACUAGGCCUGAGGAGUGAAAGUUACAAGAUUGCUUUCAAGUUUGAGUCUCUGUAUGGAAAAGUGUGGGGGCCAGGGGAGUGACAUAAUUUGUUUCUCUCUGCUCAAAUUAAACAGCAUUUUUAAACCAAUUUAUAAAGGAAUUCUACUUCUGGAUCUCCGCACACAAAUAGGGCAUGUGGAUGAGCUAAAGAGCCUUGUUACUCAGAAAAUUGAUGUGCCAUAGAAAGAAUUUCAGCCACUUUAUCAAAUCUCUGAAAUCUUCUAAUAUAAUUGUGUUACUUCUGUGAUAUGCAGUUAGAAUGGUAUUACCUCAUCCACCUUGUUUCUCUUACUUCUGUGAUAGUUAAUGUUUUUGGGACACAGUAUGAGGUCAGAAAAGUGAAUUUAUCUAAUAUAUAUAUUUAGUAUUAUUAUCAAGUAUAAACGUUGAUUGUCCCUUCUGGGGUCUAGCCUUGUCUGACCAAAUAUGAGAAUGAACCAGUAGCAAAAGGUCAAGCAAAUUGACCAAUCAGGAGUCCAAGAAAAUAUGUAGUUAAUCCAUUUACAAUUGCAAACAUGCAAUAACCCUAAAAUGUUUUGAGAUGGCUUUAAUUUGGGAAGAGAAGGGAUACAAUUUAGAAAGCUGAAGUCUAGGAAACUUCCCUCUGAUUUCUUUCUGUAAUAUCUAAGUUUCUCCUUGUAGAAAGCAGUCAUCUUCAUUCCUCCCUACCCUUGGAAGCAACAUUUUUUAUAGAAAUUACUCCACUUUUUCUCCUAAAGCAAAAAUUUAUCAUAUAACACUUUAAUCUUUCCUUCUUCCACCAAACAUUGAAAUCUUAACCACAAGUAGAUUCACUUCAGUUUGGGCAGAUCAGUGGGCCCACACA